AUGGAAGUUGAUACAAGAGCUGAUGCCACACAACAUGUCGAUUCUGUCGUGUUGAGAAAGAAACCUCGCCUGAGGAUUCAUGGGGGUAAUUUGACAGGGCUGAUAAGCUUAGGAAAACAACUAACGACCAUAAAAAGGGAAACUUUCAAGAAAAAAUAUGGAAACCUGUUGAGCCUAAUAGAAGUGGAGGUACAUUUGCCUGCUAUCACAGCCUUGGCACAGUAUUAUGACUCCCCGCUAAGAUGCUUCACCUUCCUAGACUUUCAGUUAGCUCCGACUAUAGAGGAGUUCGAGCAUAUCCUCGGUUUACCACUUGAGGGUACCACGCCAUAUCAGCAUUUGGAGCAUCAUGCCUCUAUCGCGACUAUUGCUGCCAUAAUGAAACUACAGCCCCAGGAACUGGAAGACAAAUUGGUAACAAGGCAUCAAGAGCUUGGGCUGACGCAAGGGUAUCUGGAACAGUACCUACAGCAUCUAGCUGAUAAGGAAAGGUGGGAGACUUUUAUGGAUGUGUUAGCUCUUACCAUAUACGGCAUUGUUUUAUUCCCUAGAAUAGAAGACUUUGUGGAUUAUACCGCAAUAGAUGUAUUCGUGGCAAGAAAAAUAAGAUCAGAGAAUCCUGUAACGGCAGUCCUUGCUGAGGUUUAUGGGACCAUGAGUUUCUGUCAUGAAAGAAAGGGGAAGAAAAUCCUUUGUUGUGUAUCGGCACUGUAUGUUUGGAUGACUGCGCGUUUCUUUAAAGGUGCGGUCAAUAUCAGGCGUCCGUCGGAAGAACUAUCAUGCCAGGGGCUUACGACCAAAGAAGGAAGUGAGUGGGCUCAUUUCUUUGCUAGUUUAAAUGGAGGAAAAAUAAAAUGGCGUCUUUCUUGGGUUGAGCUCAGGCAGCCUAUCCAACAUUGUGGCCGUUUUCCUAAUGUACCUCUCAUAGGGGCCCGGUAUGGCAUCAAUUACAAUCCUCUGUUGGUUCAAAGACAAUUCGGGCAUCCCAUGAAAGGGGCACCUUCACAGGACUAUCUCGCAGCAUUUUUCAUCUACUAUGAAGAUGGGCAUUGCACUGAAAUGCUGAGGAAAGCGAGAAGUGCUUGGGAAAAUGUUGUGCGAGCAGAAAAGGAUUUAAGACUGGGAGUGAUGGACGAUGAAAUUAAUUAUCACACCUGGAUCAGGGAAAGGGUAAAGGAAAUCAAAUUGCCCUUCAAACCGAUCGUUCAUCAGCUAGCUAACGAAGAGCCAUCCCAAGAACCAGAAAGCGAAGAGAUGAAGCAAUUGAAGAUAGAGAUGAAAAAACUGAGGGAGCAGAAUGGACCUCUUAACCGCAAGCAAAGAACUGACCAUGAGAGUGGAGGAAAAGAACUCAGCAUUAGAAGAAGGAAAGCAAUGGAGGCUCCUCUACGAAGAGGCUAA